CUGAGCACAGCGAGAGGCUUCCAGAGCAACACCAUGUCUCUGUACCGCAACUCCGCCUGGUUCCUGAAGGGAGUCACCGAGUUCACCAGGAAUGCCUUCCUGUCGGCCUCCAAGAGGUUUGUGGAGAAGGACCUGGAGGUGUCCGUGGCUGGACGCGUCUUCAUGAUAACAGGAGCCAACAGUGGCAUUGGGAAAGCUACUGCCAUGGCCAUCGCUAAGAAAGGUGGAACGGUCCACAUGGUGUGCAGGAACAAGGACAAGGCCGAGGAGGCGAGGGCUGAUAUUGUCAAGGAGUCUGGAAAUAAAGAGGUGUAUGUCCACAUCCUGGACCUGUCAGAGACCAAGAAGGUCUGGGAGUUUGCUGAAGGCUUCAAGAGAAAGUACAAGACCCUCAAUGUGCUGAUUAAUAACGCAGGCGCCAUCAUGAGUCAGAGGGAUGUGAAUGCUGAGGGGCUUGAGAAAAGCUUCGCCACCAACGUCCUCGGGGUUUACAUUCUCACCAAAAGCCUCAUCCCUUUACUGGAGAAGAGCACAGAUCCCAGAGUGAUCACGGUGUCAUCAGGGGGAAUGUUGGUGCAGAAGCUCAGGACGGGAAACCUGCAGUCGGACAGGGGCCGCUAUGACGGCACCAUGGUCUAUGCCCAGCACAAAAGGCAGCAGGUGGUGAUGACAGAGCAGUUUGCAAAGACUCACACUAACAUCCACUUCUCCGUCAUGCAUCCUGGCUGGGUUGAUACUCCAGCGGUGGCCAAUGCCAUGCCAGACUUCCAUAGCUCCAUGAAGGACAGCCUGCGGGCCCCGGAGCAGGGGGCCGACACCGUUGUUUGGCUGGCUGUUUCUGAGGCAGCAACCACAAACCCCAGUGGACGUUUCUACCAGGAUCGAAAGAUGGUGUCCACCCACCUGCCGCUGGCAUGGACCCACAGCUCUGCACUGGAGGAGCAGAAGUUAAUGUCUCUGCUGGAGGACUUGGCCAAGACGUUUCAGCCACACUGAGACAGUGGGAACUGGAUACCAGUACAACACCAACACUAACACCAUCCAUUCACACUGACAGAGGCUGGGCUCAGUAUUUCAUCCCAGAGAUGAUGAUAACAUGCUCCACAAGAGGGAACAGAUCUGGGUUUAUUUUAUUCAAGGCAUUUAGAGCGCUAACACAACCUGUGGUUGAUGUCUUAAAAUGUGAAGAUAUACAGGUGCAUCUCAAAAACUUAAAAUAUUGUGAAAAAGUUCAAUAUUUUCCAGCAGUUAUUUCAGAAAGUGAACAUUUAAUAUAUUCUAGACUCAUUACAUAAACUAAAAUGUUUCAAGCAUUUUUCUAUUUUAAUUUUGAUAAUCAUGGCCUACAGCUAGAAAAAUGAAAAAAUCAAACAAACCAAAUAAACAUAUUUCAAAAUAUCAGAAACACCCAACCGACAGCUGAAGGCCGCUAUCAAAGCAACCUGGACUUCAGUAACACCUCAGCAGUGUCACAGGUUGAUCGCCUCCGUGCCACACCACAUUGAUGCAGUAAUUCAUAGUAAAGGAGCCUCAACCAAGUACUGAGUAUAUAAAUGAAUAUACUUGUCAGAAGUUGAACAUUU